AUGUCUGCCUCUCUCCCUGGCAGUCGGGACCUUCCCGCGUCGCAGUAUGACCUGAAGACCUAUUGGGGUCGCGUGCGCCAUGCUGCCGACAUUUCUGAUCCUCGGACUCUGUUUGUUUCGUCCGCUGGCCUCGAACGCGCAAAGAGCCUCAUUGCUUCUUACAAGCAGAACCGCAUCCCAACCAUGACACCGGAGUUGUGGUCGGCGAAGAAGGUGGUUGAUGCGACAUUGCACCCUGAUACUGGAACGCCCGUUUUCUUGCCAUUCCGCAUGUCUUGCUACGUGCUCUCGAACUUGGUCGUCACAGCAGGCAUGUUGACACCAGGAUUGCAGACAACCGGCACCCUCCUCUGGCAAAUUGGUAACCAGUCCCUCAACGUCGCCGUCAACAACGCAAAUGCCAACAAAUCUACCCCCUCUCCCUCUCGCAAAUCGGCAAUCGGCCUGAACGCUCUCGUCCCCCGCCUCAAGAGCAUUUCCCCAAACACCCGCCUUAUCCUCUCCCGCCUCGUUCCCUUCGCUGCAGUUGCCAGCGCCUCCGCCCUGAACGUCUUCCUCAUGCGCGGUGAGGAAAUUCGUCAGGGUAUUGAUGUCUACCCUGUCCUGUCAGAUUCUGAGCGCGCUAAGCGUGAGCUCAACGAGGACGCCGAGCCAGUUCAGAGUCUCGGCAAGAGCAAGAAGGCUGCUACAAUUGCUGUCGGUGAAACGGCUAUCUCCCGUGUCCUGAACGCUACGCCUAUCAUGGUCCUACCGCCACUGAUUCUCGUUCGUCUCGAGAAGACGGACUGGCUGCGUGCCCGCCCCCGCAUGGUUACGCCUAUUAACUUGGCGCUGAUUCUGGGUACUUCGAUCUUUGCGCUGCCGCUUGCGCUCGCUGCGUUCCCGUCUCGCCAGGCUAUUAGCGUGGAUAGCCUUGAAGAGGAAUUCAGGGGCCGUGGUGGUGAUCUGGGCAUGGUGGAGUUCAAUCGCGGAAUACCAUUCAAUGAAGAAGAGGUCCCACUCUACCCUUAA